UAGAAACAGAACGCUGGAGAUUUCACAAAAAUAAUGUCGAACUAAAAAAAGAAACGUUAUUUUUUUGGACGUUUUUUAUUGAAAUGGAAUGAUUACGCUUAUUAGGGUAUCAACACAACCUUGGUGGAUUAAAACAUGAUAAUGAAUGAAUGUAUUGCACUAAAUCUCUUGAUUUUAGAUGGAAUUUAUUUGGCUAAGGAGCGAGACUGCUGUAUUGACAUUAUGUGUUGAGAAGAUACUGAAAGCAUGACAAACUCCGAGUCUACAAGUUUUGCUGUACCACAACAUCCUUUGCCUGACGAAAUACAACAAAUGAAACGAGAUGAAACCGUAUGUAAAUUUUGUGGAGUGAGUUAUUUAAUCCACAAUGAAGUGAAGGCUUUACAAGAAAAAUUAGCUGAGGCUGAAAAACAGAUGGAGUUUUAUAAAGGAAGUGUUGAAAGGGAGAAAGUGUUGAAAGAGAAAAUGGAAAAUAUGAAUGCAGAAUUUUUGAAGCAAUCACAGAAACUCAAGGAUCAGGACCAACAGUAAGUAUGUUGACCAGACUGGAAAGUUUGGAAAUUGCACGCCUGAGAUUUAGAAAAUUUAAUAGUAAAUAUAUAGAAAGAUCAAAAUUGCACGCCGGAGAUAUCCGCCGCGCAAUACAAACUUUCCACACUGGUAUGUCGAUCAACAGAGACAGAGUGGAUAAGAUCUAUAUAAGAAUAGACAAUAUACUUUUUUAUACACAUUUUCAAUAAUUACAUAUAUAAUGAAUAAAUACUUGGCCUGGGAACCUCACUCUUUUGAAUCAAGACUAGGUGACAAUUCAUGAAAAUCAGGCUUCUGCACCAAGGACCAGACUGUAAAGUAUUAUUUUUGCACGAGGAACUUUUCGUCAAAUGGCAGUUGCACGGAAAUGAAGGCAGAACAUUUGAGAAAAUUUCGAAAAUUUGGAGUCUCUAGAUAGUCUGAAAUGGCAUUUUCAGAGUUUUCUCUCGCAAGGCCCAACACGUAAGAGACAAAAUAAAUCAUCAAAAAUAUGCAGAUUUUGUAGGAUUUUCUUGAAAAUGUGCGGACAGAAAUUCAGCUAAAAUUUCUGUGUGGGGAACGCAUUUCCUGUGCAGGCUAAACUUUACAAUCUGGACCAAGGAUAUUGUCCUCUGAAGAACAACAGGAAAGGAAAAGGCACUUUUGCUAUUCUUUUGAACUAUAUUGUUCUAUAAAGGUUACAUUAUACAAAUAAAUCGUAAACUGAAAAUUUGUGUAAAAAUUGAUGUGAAUUUGUGUAGUUGCAUGAGCAUAUUCUGACUUCAUCAACACUAAAGUCUAAACCAAGCAAUUGUACAGCUUAUAUUGAUAAAUUUUCAUUUCAUUUCUUUAGACUGGAGCUGUUUAAAUCUGAUCUUAAAAUGAAAGCAAAGUUAAUCAAUGAAAUGUAUUUACAGAAACGGCAAUAUGAGAGCAACAUACAAGAAGAACAAAGCAAAUCUGAGAAAUUGUCCUCUCGUAUUUCUCAUUUGUCAAGUACCCUGCAAUGUUACAAUGCAUUUCUUAGCCAGCAGAAAGAAUCCUUAAACAGCUUGAGAAAAGAUGUUCUUGAACAUAAAAUGUUGUCAAGAGAGUUAUUAGAGAAAAAAGUUAAUAGAGUUACUGAAAUACUUAAAAAAAAGGUGUUAAUGUAGUGUAUAUGAAAAAAAAUGUAAUUCUAGUUUUACCAACUUUUUUGUUAUAAACCAAAAACUGAAUAUUUUAAUAUUUGUUUGCUUUGAUGAUGCAGGUUAUCCAAGAAAGACUCGAUACAGAGGCAAAAUGCAAAAAGAUGAAUGAACAAUUGUUAAACUUUCAAAAUGAAAUAAACCGUUUACGUGAAGCUGAUACAAAGUCGCAUGACUUGCAGACAAAAUAUGUUGAAAUACAAAAUAAACUUGAUGUUUAUGAGAAACAUGUGAGCCAAUUAGAAGAAGGCAACAAAACCUUGAGAAAAAAGAAUACAGCAAUUGAAAAUGGUUUAAUGUAAGAAUUUGUCAAAGUUUGUCCAUUAGAAUGUCUAGUAAUGCCUAACAGUGACUGCCACUUGUUAUUACUAAUGGUUUAAGUACUAUGGUUUAAGCACUGUACGCUAGAUGUAAAACAAUUGUUGUAUUGCUGAGUACAGAAAUGUUUCUUUCUGUUAGCCAGAAGUCAAGAGAAGAAACGGAAGUAAAGAACAGUUUAGAAAUUGUGAAGAGAGAAAAACAGGAAGAUCAUUUCAAAUAUAAGGAAUCAUUAAUGAAGAAAGACGAGGAGUUGAAGAAAUUAAACGCCCUGUGUAAAUCCUUAGAAAAAUUAAUGAAUGAGAAAUCUGCAGCUGAAAAAGAAGUUCGAGAGAAAGUAACAGAUAAAGAUGUCCAGUUAAAGGUUGAAAUGUUCAUUUCUAAUUUCGAAAUUCAUUCCUACAUAUUUGUGUUCAAAUAAUUUAUCGGUUGUUGUAGAACUUGGAAGAAACAGUGAGUGGCAUGAGAGUUGAGUCUGGAAAACUUAAGCUGGAAAGGUAAGAAAUCUGACGAUCUCCAGUGAUGGCAGCUGAGUGCGUCACAGGAAGAGAACAAUCUUCUCAGGUGACAAAAUUCAUUUCUUCUAAUUACAGAGAGCAAACGAUCAUUGCACAUCACAAUCGUAUCGAACAACUCAGAGAAAGUUAUGCAAAAAAACUAGAAGCUUCGGAAAAAACUUGCAGAGUGGUAAGAUCGCCAAGUAACAUCACUGAUUUUCUGCAUUGUCGUUGAUCGUGUUUACCAAAUUUUAUUUUUUAUUCUUUGUAGCUUCAAAAUGAACUCGAUGAAAUAAAACGGAAAGUUGAUAUUGACAUUGAAGGAUCACAACGUUCCUUAAAAGAAGAAUUUGAAAAGGCUAGAAAAUUUUGAAACAAAUAUUUUAGGCAAUAAAUAUAUAGUUAACAAUAUUCUGACAGUAAUUCUUUGUGUUUAGGAAUUGAAAGGUUUAAAUGCAAAGCAUUCUGAGGAAGUUGACAUUAUGGAGGUUGAAAUAAAUAACUUGAAAGACAAGGUGUGUGAUUUCUAUCUUCUUUAAAAUAUAUCUGUUUUUUAAACUUAUUCUUUGUUUUUCCUCCGGCAGCUGGAACAAGAUAACAGUGCUUUUCGCAAUCUUAAAGAAGAAAUGAAUCAACUUAAGAACGCACUAUCAACAAACAAGGUAAGUUCUAUUCAGCAGGCGAAUAAAUGGUAGAUUCCAGGGUGCGACGCCAAUAUGACCAUCUGGUGAAUCCGACAUGGCUUGAAACAUGAUUGUACUCAGGGCUCGAAUUUUAUCGCGGCAAUUGCCGUAGAGGGAGAACAAAAUGCCGUGGAUCAUUGCGGCAACGACGGCAAUUUUUUGCCGUAUAGUGCAAUUUUUAUCUUUGAUACUUGAAUUCAGAUGUUGAUUAAAUCAUGCGUAAAUCACUAUUUUAGUCUCAAAAUGCUGUGGAAACUGCCAAAAUUGCCGUAGACAGCUGUUACGUUCCACGGCAAUUUUUAACGCCAUUGCCGUCGAUUGAUUUCAGGGAAAUUCGAGGCCUGAUUGUACUGAUGCAUGGGGUGAGUUGAGAUUAGGAGAUGUACAUACGUUUACGCGGCAUUAAUCAUUGGAAAAUCAGUGAGGUGCAACAAAAAAUGUCUUGAAUUAUCAUACCCUAGAUUCUUUCAAGAUAGGCUACCUCUUGGUUCAACCCCCUGGUUCAGUGAUCACUGUAUUGAAUAUUUAGACACGAAAUGCUCAAGAAGUACAGAAAUAUCAGAACGAGAUUCUCGAUCUAAAGAGGAGUCUUGAAGCAUCCCAACACAAGAAGAAUGAACAUGAAAAUAAUGAUUUGAAAACUAAAUACGAAGCGAUGCAGAAAAGCUUACAAAGUAGUAAAACACAAAUGAAAGUCAUGGAACAAAAGUUAACAGCGAAAAAUAGCGAGGUAAGGUACUGCGUACUAUGAAACGCUCAAUAUCCCUCAUUUCAGGUGUAUAACUGAUGUAUAAAAACAUGAUUUCAGAUGAGCAUUCUUCAAGAUACCGUACGACGUGAAUGCGAAGAAAGACUGGAACUAACGCAAGCUUUAAGUGAUGCUCGCAUGCAUUUGCUCUCCCUUCAACAAAAUCCAGAAGCACCGAGACAGUUUCCGAUCAAACGAUUGAAUAGACCAACAGUAAAUAAUUCCGAUCUUAAAAUAGACCCCGUUGUGACUUCGGCAAGUUGCGACAUGACUUCGUCAGAGACAUCUGAAAUUAUUCAAUCUAGAGUUCGAAGAAUAAAGAGCACUGGUAGUGAGAGAGCCACACGAGAGAGUGUCGACAGUUUCCGGGACCGAAUUGCAGCAGCUCUCGGUCGAGAGAGUCGUUUCAACCAUUCAAGAUGACGUUUGUGUAUUCAAAUUCAAUGAAAUCCUGUUUAUAGUAUAGGAAUUGUGAUGACAGUCGGCUGUACAUUCAGUACAAACCUUAUUUGGAAUUGUUCAAAUUGUUAUUUUAAUUUUUAUAUGUUUCUUGAGAUUGAAAAGUAAAUAUUAUACAUAUUUGUUCAAUCUUAUACGGAAUGGACAGAAAAAAUAUUGUCUAUGACUAUGUAUAUCGUAUAAAAAUAAAUGCCUAAAAAUGUGAGUGAAGAGGAAUUGAUACAGUUCCAAAUUGAAACCCGAUCGUUUUGAAACAUUAAUGAUCGGUCAUCAUAUGAUGCUGUCGUCAUUUCUUCUUUGGCCGAGAAUUCCAGAGAUCAAGGAACAACAAUCUUACAAGAUAAUGAGCUGCUUGAAAUGAACGUCUUAGAAUUUGCUCAGUGCACCAGCCCACACUUGCAUGAGCAACCAUGUCAUAUAGCAGCCAAAUUAAACCUAAUCCACUUGUGUACCAAAGGAAAGUUGUCAAUCUCGAGGACUCGAAUUUCAUUGUGAGAAGAAACACAGCACCUGUUCCGAGCAGCAAACAAAUUUUUUUCAAUGUGAAGGUUGCAGUUACAUUAUGUCGUCUUUUUGCUUCGACCUGAGCACAGCUUUGUUGUGAUGAUGCUUCUUCGUGUACCGACAUCUGCUAAAAUAUUAAAUUAUUUAAAACAAGAGUGUAAAAUACAUGUUUGUCAGUUUGACUUUAAGUCUUUAUUUAAAGUACUUUACUAAGUGACGUAAAUGCGAAUAAAACAGUGUAUAGUCUAUAGAAAAAGAGCGAAACAUCGUCCUACAGUACUCUACUCUUUUUGUUCUUUGAGAUACGGUCUGUGGAAAAACUAUUUGGGAGAUGUUAACAGCCUGGAACGUCUCCCGCGAGAGGCAGACUUGGUGAGUCAAUGACAUUCCACAUAUUAUAUAAAUAAAAUAUACUAAUUAGAGUAGA